AUGACUUCGAUGAUUACGGCGGCCCAGUGGGUGCCUCGUGGGUUCGCGGCACCCUUCCCCAAGAAGUAUAAGUUUGACGAAGAAGAGUUUGCGAGGAUAGCAGACCUGGCCAAGCUUCAACUCGACGACGCCCAAGAGGACCUAAAGGAAGCCCAGGAGGGUGGCGACGACGACGAUGACGGCGACGACGACGAUGAGGAGGAGGCCAAGGGCGACCACUCUAUGAAUGUGGACGGGAACAAGCCAGAGAAGGUCAACGUAAACGACGACGACCUGAAGGAGUACAACCUGGACAACUACGACGACGAGGAUGACGCACCCGGCAAGGGCGAGAGCAUGGGUAUAUUCGGCAACGUCAAGAACCUUGCCUACUACGAGAACCACGAGGAGGACCCCUACAUCACCCUCAAGGACGGCGAGGAGGAGGACGAGGACCGUGAGGACCUACAGAUCCUGGCGACGGACAACCUGAUCCUCUCGGCCAAGGUAGAGGACGAGCUGGCGCACCUGGAGGUGUACGUGUACGAGGACUCGGCCGACAACCUAUACGUGCAUCACGACAUCAUGCUGCCGGCGAUCCCGCUGAGCGUGGAGUGGCUGGACCUCCCGGUGACGCAGACGGGGGCGCCGGACAAGGACGGGCGGGGCAACUUUGUGGCCAUCGGCACCAUGGACCCGGACAUUGAGAUCUGGGACCUGGACACGGUGGACUGCAUGUACCCCAACGCCAUCCUAGGACAGGGCAGCAACGCCACGGCCGGCGAGGACGGGUCGGCCAAGAGGAAGGGCAAGAAGAAGAAGGGCAAGAAGAAGAGGGCUAACGAUGAGUACCACGUGGACGCGGUGCUCUCGUUGGCGGCGAACCGUGCGCACCGCAACCUGCUGGCGUCGGCGUCGGCGGACAAGACGGUCAAGCUGUGGGACCUCAACACGGCCAAGUGCGCCAAGUCCUACGCCUACCACACCGACAAGGUGUGCUCGCUGGCGUGGAACACGGCGGAGCCUACAGUCCUCCUGAGCGGCAGCUACGACCGUACAGUGGUGGCGGCCGACAUGCGUGCGCCGGGGGCCAAGUCCCCGCGCUGGGGCGUCGAGUCGGACGUCGAGAACGUGAGGUGGGACCCCCACGACGCCAACUACUUCUACGUGUCGACGGAGAACGGCGUGAUGCACUACCACGACGUGCGCGCCGCGCCAGCCGACCCUGCGGCCACAAAGGCCGUCUGGACCCUCCAGGCGCACGACGAGUCCAUCUCGGCCUUUGACAUCAACCCCAUCAUCCCCGGCUACCUGGCCACGGGCUCUUCGGACCGUACCGUCAAGCUGUGGAACAUCCAGGCCUCGGGUCCCACCAUGGUGGCGUCGCGGAACCUGGACGUCGGCAAGGUCUUUGUCACGACUUUCGCGCCCGAUGGCGAGGUCGGCUUCCGUCUUGCCGUCGCCGGCAGCCACGGCAGCAUGCACGUCUGGGACACGAGCACCAACUCGGCCGUGAGGGCGGCGUUUGCCGGCCGUGUCCCUGAACCCAAGGGCGACAAGGAGGACAAGCUGGUGGGCGUUGACGAGGAUGAGACCGACAGUGACAGCGAGGAGGGCGAGGAUGACGAUGACGACGAUGACGAUGGUGAGGCAGACGACUCUAUGGAUGAGGCAUAA